ACCAUCAGUUGUGACAGCUAAACAGGAACGCAGCAUUACAAACAAGGGAGUGUCUUGGGGAAGCUGAUUUCACGUCUGCUUGUCAGAUUUCUUUUGGAAACCACAUUUAGUUGUCACAUUUCAAAUUGAAACAAUGGAGGAAUAUCACUCUGGUGAAGAGGUACUCUUCAACCCAGAUGAAGCAAGUAACUAUGUUAAAGAGUGUAUUGAAGGGAUCAUCGGGGGCAUGGACUAUAACCAGAACAAAGUGAACCAAUGGACAGCGAGCAUCGUGGAACACUCUCUCACCCAGUUGGUCAAACAGGGGAAGCCCUUCAAAUACAUUGUGAACUGUGCUGUGAUGCAGAAGAGUGGAGCUGGCCUACACACAGCUAACUCCUGCUACUGGGACACAGCCACUGAUGGGAGCUGUACGGUGAGAUGGGAGAACCGCACCAUGUACUGUGUAGUCAGCGUUUUCGCCGUGGCUGUGGCCGUCUAGCCGAGGAGCACCAGAAGGGGUGCAAGACCCAGCAACAAAAAUGCGGACGUACGCAAAGGUGGGGGAAACGGUCAAUGCCUUUGAAGAUCUAAUGCUGAAAUCUAACGACAUGAAAUGUAUGUUUAAAAAAAAGUGAAAACUCGCCACCGCCAUGGAUUCGCAAAAAAAUAUUGGAACACUUGUGGAGUGCACUUCUGUCAAUUUGUGCAUCCGUUGAUAACGACAUUUUACACGUGUGCUCGACUUUCACGCAGAGGUACUGUGUGCUACAGUAAUCAUCGUCUGUAUCGUACUGGAGUCAGUGCCGUAUACACAGUGUUUGCUUUUGCCAGAGAAAAUGGAUUACCUGGUAAAAUGUGACCAGGUAAGGACAUUCUUUCAAGUAACUUUUCAUGUUUUUUUUUUUUCUUGGCUCUAAAAUAGUUUAUACAAUAUACACGUUUACUGGAAAAUAGCUAAAACAUAAAAUAACUAAACCAUAGGAAGUCAUUUAGCAUUAAAAAAAUCCUGUUUUUGGACUGAAAUGAGAGAAGCAAUAUGUGUAUUUUGUUCUUGCUGAUGCUGAAGAAUGUGGCUACGUAGUACAGUAUGAAUUUUAAACACGUUCUUUUUUUGUAAUUCUAUCAUUUAAUUCAUUCCAUCCAUUCUUUAUUGGGAGGUUGUUAUUGUUUGUAAGCGCAUUUCUGCCCUCAUGGAAAAACAUUGUGCGUGCUUUGUACACUUGGAAUUGGUUCGAGAAGCCCCAUCUGUUCUGUCUCGAGGUUCUUAUUUGGACUUUGUCAGAAUUGUUGUAGAUUCAAUGAUCAUUUGAAGGACCAUCUCAGUGGAGUCUGUUCCUUUUAAAAUUAUUUAUGGUGCUAAUUUUAAGGUGCAAUUUUAAAACUGUAAAAUAUUUUCAUUGUAAUUUAUUGUUAUUUUAAAUUGAGUGGCUUGCAGUAAUAAAAAAAGAUUAAGCUUCAUAAGAAAAUGAAGGAAUAGUAUUGUGGUGGUGUUGUGGAAAAAGUAAUAACUGAAAGACUGGUUGACAUGAAACAAAUGUAAUCUAGGCCUAAUGGUCUUCAGUUUAUAUUUGAUAAUUGCAUAUUUGUGGUACACAUUCUUUGCACACAUUGCCCCAACUGUUUACAUUUAUUGCUGAAUGGAUAGUCUAAUAAUAAUGUUCUUUUUAUUUCAUGAAUGAUUACUAGAAUUGUGUUUGUGGUUAAAAACAUAACUCUCGAUUCACAGUCCAUGUACAGGCGGGCAGUCUUAUUUUGAAAGAGUGACCCACCCUUGACUGGUUCAGCCUUCAGUAUCAGAUCUGUCUGACUUUCAUAAAGGCAGCGUUUAUGCAACUGCUGAGCUCACACACACACACACACACACACACACGGAUGUCUGUUGUUUGGUAUUGAAAACCUGAAUGUUUCCUGCUACAUGCUUGUAGAGUGUUGAAGUGUAACCUGCAGUGGUGUUGCCUCAGUGACACUUGGCCAUGUGUUAGAGAUGCGAGACGAGCGUGUCUGGAGCAGGGGGAGAUUUGUGUGUGUGCCGUGUUGAGCUGCAGCUGCAGUUGUGGAGAAUGUGCAGUGUCUCUGGGUCACAUGGUUCCUGGCCGGGGGGGCUCUGCCUUGUGUUGCACCACGGAAGGCCAGAGACCAGAGCACAUCCUGUACAGGGGAAUGGCCCAGCGCUGUAAAUAAACGUUAUUAAUCUUCCCAA